AUGUCCGCCAGACGCACAUCCAACAGCACCCCCGUCGACCCUUCCAAGCUCAACAACACACCCGCAGCGCUCCCGCCGUCCCCGGACAACGGGCACAGCGACAACGACUCGCCGCCGCUGCGUUCCCCGUCCGACAUGAACGGCGGCGUCAUGAUGGACUCGGCGUCGGGAUACCUCGACCCCGUGGCCGAGACGCCGUCGCACCCGACCGUGGCCGAGACGGGCGUGCUCGCCAACGACCACGGACCCGGACCGGCCACGGGCCAGCUGCAGCGCCGCGAGAGCCAGCCCGGCCGGCGGAUUGUGCGCCUCGCGAGUUUCGGCGGCGAAGGCCUCGUCGCCAAGCCGCCCCCGCCUGGCCCGCUCGACAGCGCCGACGAGCAGGCGAUCGCCGACGACGCCGAGGAGCCCGCGGGUCCCCUUCCCGCCUAG